AUUUGUUUGUUUUAUUUGUACAUCUGAUGGCUGAGUUCUCUGUAGAGCUCAAACAUAAAGGAGAGUUACAGGAUAUGUUAUUUCUAUGAUCGGUCAGCGAUGGAAAACUGUCUUUAAGCGAAAGUCAUCGUGUAUCUGUCAAAAACAUUUUUUAUUUUGCAGAAAAAUGCCCCAGUACAAACGUGUACAUUUCGAGGAGUCCACAGAGCUCCUCCCCCUCCUAACCAUCAGAGGAGUAAAGCCCCCACACCCCCCACCUGAAAGGAGCUCCAACAUAAAACCUGAGAGCCGUAGAGUUGUUUCCGGCAUCUCAAGGAAUGCUUGGAGUAUAGAGUCGACAUACCCCUUCAUAAACAUCAAAGGUGUUGGUGUGUUCUCUCCACACCCCCCGCCUGACCUGAGGUCACAUACAAAACCUGAGAGCCGUAGAGCACCGUCCGGCAUCUCAGUGGAUUGUGGGAACGUUAAUGCUCCCCAACAAUCAAAACACCUCCGUCCCUUAAACCACAGAGGCGUUGGUGCAUUGCGGCCACAUCCACCAGACAGAAGCUCUGUGAGGGAUCCCGACGGCCGCAAAACCAUCCUCAAAGUCUUGAAGGAUUAUGGGGACAUUACUGGCCUCCCUCCCGUAAACUGCAAAGGUGUGCCGCGUCCAGACUUGCAUGAAAGAUGUAAAGUUCUUCCUGCCAUUACAAAGGCCUGUAAGAACAUUACUGCUCUGCAGCAAUCCGAGGACCUCCCCCCCUUAAACGUCAGAGGUGUUGGUCUGCGUUCACCACAUCCACCAUCUGACGUUACCCCUCAAAUGAAACCUGAGGGCCACAACGUUCUUCCCGCAACCUCAGAGAAGGAAUGCGGGGACAUUAAGGGUUCCCAGAAGUCUACACUUCUUCCCAUAAACAUCAGAGGACUGAGGCCAAAGCCACAGAAGAAAAUACAGCGGUGGGAACCUAGUGAUGAAACUUUUGCUUUCAUCUGUAAAAGAAUGAUAGAAGAUACGCAGAUGGAACGAGCGCAUCAAAACAGCCUUUCUGUAGCAGAUCGAGAGACAUUCUCAUCUAGGUGUAAAAAACUUAAAAUGGAUGACAUGAAGGAUAUCAUUUGGAGAAAGAAGAGUUGAGGAUACGGUCGCUACACGUACUGUUGAAGGAGGCUGAAGGAACCCUGGAGGACGCCCGAAUGACUCUUUGAGAUUACACACACACACAAUCACACAUACAUAUACACAAAGACGCACGCACACACACACACACACGUAUACACACAUUCACAGGCACAUUCACGUACACUUAUACAUGCACACAUGCACACCUACACAAACACACGCACACACACACACACAGGUGUCAGAGCUCUUCUAAUUCUCUGUAUUUUUAUUUGUCAACAGGAAAUGUCCUCUACACACACUAUUGAAGCUGAAGACAGAGGACUCCCGAAUAACUCGAAGAUAACACACACACACAUGCAGAUUAACACAUACAUACACACACACACACACAUUUACAUACACACACACACACGCAGGGCCGGCUCGUGAGAUUGUGGGGCCCUAUAGGCGAAGUCAUAAAUAUAGUCCCCCUGAUUUGAACGUUUGGCAUAGUAAGAAAUAACUCUCGUUUUGUUUAUAUUGACAUAUAAUUAUGAAUUUCACCCUCAGUAAAACUAACCAUGGUUUUAUUAUAGUUAGUGUAGUAACUAGAUUGAUUAUUAUUUGUAUUAGU